CUUUAGGUAAAGGUAUAGCAAAAUGGAAGACCAGAAUCCUCAAGACUUGACCUCACCCCACAUAACGCGCGUUCCAUCCGCUGCCAGUACUGGGACUAUGGAGAUCAUAUCUGAUUCAUGUCGCAGGUUCGAAGGAAAGGAUCAGAUGGACAGUGGCGGAGGUGGCGGGGGCUGGGGUCCCCCGAUUAUACACAGAAAGGAGAACGCCUGGGAGCAAGAAAAAGAACCUGUCAGAGUUAACCCGUAUAAACGUUUACAAACUGAGAAAUGGGUAGAUACUGCCGCGCCUGCUGGAUCCAAACCAAAAACAAAGGAAAGCAGUCAUCCAGUAAGCCAAGGAACACAAGACUUUCUAGCUAGUUUGGUGGAUAACAUGAGAGAUGGAGGCAAUUCUAACACCACUGUCAUGUCUCUACUCAAUAAACCGGUGUCAGUGUUCGAGGAACAGGAACUUGUUCCAUCAAGAGAUAUAGAUCUGACGGCCCAGGAGAACAUAAACAAGGAGCUGGAGGGGUUCCUACAACAGAUUAGGGAGAUUAGGGACGGUCCUCCCAAGCAGUCUAUAGAGGGUCCUGUAGCCACUGAGAUAGAAGCACAUCUUACAGUCCAGAAGACAGCAGUGGAGGAGGCGCUAGCAGCACUCGACAGGGAACUUACCCAAGAUAGUGGUGUCAAUAGCAGCGAGGCUGAACACGAAGAGGAGUUCAAAAGGAUAAUAACACGAGAAAGCACGAUGACAAGCCAAGGAUCAGCACAACAAUCAACCCUGGAUCUGAUAUCGGAAUCAGAUCAGAUCACCAGAUCUAAUUCCCAGUGCACUGUCACCACUCAGCAAACGGAUCCUGGUAGAGCUGAAGACUCCACUCCUGAUCUCCAACCUCAAAAACUGACCAAAAUGGGGUUGUACGAGCUGCUAGCGCUGCACCCUGACGCGAAGGUGCGCAAAGCAGCGCUGAAGAUGAAACAACUGGAUAAGCACCUGAGACUUGUUAUACAGCGUGAAAAAGAGGUGAAGAAACGACACGAGUUGUUCAAUAAACAGAUAUUAUUGUACAACUCUGGCUCUCAACUCAUUCAGAAUAAUGAACUUCAGGAUGACGGUGGAGAUGAUCUGACUCUCAUAUCAGAUCUUAAAGGCGAUGUCACCCCAAUAUUUUUUGCGACCCAACUCCUGGACGGAGAAUCAGACACAUCCUCUCUACCGCCGAUCAGUUCAACCGACUCAGUCACUAGCAGGACGAACAGCACAAAAACAACACCACGUGAUAAGAGCAGAAACAAGUCACGUGAUCAAUCUCGUGGUGGUCAGUCGCGUGGGAUGAAAGGGAGAGGAAGUGCCCAGUCAAAAAAGAGCAACUUUUCAAGAAAAGAAGAUCGGAAAAAUGCAAAUAAUAAGAACUUUAUUGCAAGAAAUAAAGAGUUAGCGAACGAUGCUUUGGCUGCAAUUGCGAUGACAGAAGAAGAAAAACAGCGGCUCAGUGAAAUUCUUAGUGACUUGGAUACAGUCACAGAAGAACAGACUGAAAACGUUGUGGCGAUUGCAGACGAUGGUGGGUUCAGAGCCUCUCUCGAGGAAGACAAGCGGUUGAGAGAGAUAGAAUCUCUGCUGAUUGUGGAGGAAGGUAGUUCGAUGAGUGUGUGCAGUGGACAGACUACUAGCACUCUUCUAUCAAUUCAGAGUAUCGCAGUGUCAGAACUGAACAGCAAAUGUGGAGAGGGAGAGCCAGCAAAGUUGGGUGAAACAGCUUUGAAGUCGUUGAGUGAGAAGAGGACCGAGGAGGAGAGACUGAAUCUGAUCGACGAGAUGUUAGCGAAACUCACUGGCCAAGAUGAGGAAGAAUUACCAGAAGUGCCAAAGUCUGUGUUAGACGAACUUCUCUCACAGUGCCGAGCAGAGUCGUCAAGACAAGGAUCAGAGGAAACUGUUUCGGUUUCAUAGACUAUUUUCCGGGGAAUCUGUUUUUUGUCAGCUGCUGUGAUUUCAGUUUUAAAAUUUUAAGAACAAAGAAGGACCGGUUUGAUAUGAUGAUGAAUUGCCCAGAUUAAGAGUUUAAAGUAUAGCCGAGUUUCAGCUUUUCCGAUUUUUUUUCAGUGAUGAGGAGAUGAUAUGCUUUCAGUUAAUUCCUAACUGAAGAAAUUUCGAACCACCGACGUUUUUAAUCAAAAAUCCUUCUCUCGAUAUUGAUAGCCGGUUGAUCUUUGAAUAUCGUUUCAAAGUUUUCACAGUGCAAGUGUCCAGAAUUCAAUUUUAUAUUUGCUUGUAAAUAUUUUCUUGUAAAUACUUAAAAUCAGUCACAA